GAGAGAGAGAGAGAGGAAGAGGAAGAGAUGAAGGCUCCUCUUUUCUCCAUCCACAGACUUCACCAAGUGUUUCGGCGGUCAGGACAGUUAUGGUGUAAACGUCCGGGAAUCGCAGUUGACAUUCGUCGGCUCUGACAAACUCGUUUGGGCUAAAAAGUUGCAGUUGGAAAUGCUGAAGCCGGGGGAUCAGAGCGGUUCUGCUUUUCUUAAAGUGGAUCCGACUUAUCUUCAGCACUGGCAGCAGCUUUUCCCGCAGAGUCAGCUGAAGAACUGCGCAAUUCCGCAAAUCCCUGCACCCGAUCGUGCGCCUGUAGCAGCGGAAAGCCUCCGUCAGAGAACCGGUUUAAUUUCCUCCACCACCGCUCCAGCCGCUUUAACGCCAUCCUCGAGCUCGUCCUGCGCUCCUGCCGUGUCCGCGCUCGCGAGUUUAACGCAGCUCUCCGUGCCGCAGCUCGCGCUAUUCGGACACACUCUCUGUACCGAGGAGGCACCGGCCGAAAACAGCGGCGCUUCUCAGUCUAAGGAACUUUCCCUGCAGAACAACUUUAACGACAAACCGUCCCGGUUGAAGCUGACUUCAGAGGAACUGGACUACUAUCUGUACGGACAGCAGAGGAUGGAGAUUAUACCAUUAAACAAUCACACCAGUGAUCUCAAUAACCGCUGUGACAUGUGUGCAGAUAACCGGAACGGCGAGUGCCCCAUGCACGGGCCCCUGCACUCGCUGAGGCGCCUGGUAGGUACAAGUAGUGCAUCCACUGCUGUGCCCCCUCCCGAGGUUCCCGAGUGGCUGCGUGACCUACCCCGUGAAGUCUGCCUUUGCACCAGCACAGUGCCAGGCCUGGGCUACGGUAUCUGUGCUGCCCAGCGCAUACCACAGGGCACUUGGAUUGGGCCUUUUCAGGGUAUUCCUCUGCUUCUGGAUAAAGUGCACUCUGGAGCGGCGCGCAACACAAGACACUUAUGGGAGAUCUAUGACCACGAGGGCACAUUACAGCACUUUAUUGAUGGCAAUGAUCCAAACAAGUCAAGCUGGAUGAGGUACAUCCGCUGUGCCAGACACUGUGGGGAACAGAACAUGACAGUGGUUCAGUACAGAUCGUGUAUUUUCUACCGGGCUUGUAUGGAUAUUCCACGAGGAACCGAGCUUCUGGUCUGGUACAAUGACAGUUACACCUCCUUCUUUGGCAUCCCACUACAAUGCAUCGCACAGGACGAAAAUUUAAACGUGCCAUCUACUGUAAUUGAGGCCAUGUCCCGACAGGAAAGCCUGCAACCUUUCAGCAAAACGUCCAAAUCCUCUUCAUCCACUAUGCUGCAGCGCUCCAUGGUUUUCCCUCACUCGCCUUGCUCACGGAGCUUCUCUCUUCUAGACAAGGUGGGCAACAUGGAGUCAGGCUUUAAUCAGCUGAACCCCAAGAACCAGCGUAUCCUGGCCAGUCCCACAUCUACCAGCCAACUUAACAGUGAGUUCAGUGACUGGCACCUCUGGAAGUGUGGCCAAUGCUUCAAGACCUUCACACAGCGCAUUCUUCUGCAAAUGCAUGUGUGCACACAGAACCCAGACAGACCGUAUCAGUGCGGACACUGUUCACAGUCUUUUGCCCAACCCUCAGAGCUGCGCAACCAUGUGGUAACGCAUUCCAGUGACCGGCCUUUCAAGUGUGGCUAUUGCGGCCGAGCUUUCGCUGGAGCCACGACACUUAACAACCACAUCCGCACCCACACCGGGGAGAAGCCAUUCAACGGAACAGGUCUUAAUCUACAGUUUGGAAUAUCAAGUGUCUCAGUUACAACCAAGCCAUCAGGAGAUGCUCGCCUUUUAUGUCCAACCUCCCAAAACUCUCUUUUUGUUCUUUAUCUAUUGUGUGAGCGGUGCGAAAGGAGCUUCACGCAGGCCACACAGCUUAGCAGACACCAGCGGAUGCCCAACGAGUGCAAACCCAUCAGCGAGAGCAGCGAAUCAAUUGAGGUGGAUUAGUUGAUUGACCAUGCCGGAAUUAAACGGAGAAGGAAAGUCAUGAUUAAAUGUCACGGACACUUAAGCAAAACCAAAGAUUUCCUCGGAGAAACUCUCAAUCAGCCCCAGAAAACCAAAAGCAGUAAUAAAAUAAGUAAGAUGUUAAGAGAUAUUGAUCCCGACACAGACUGGUUGUGGCUGGGGUGGGGGUUUGGGGUGGGGUUGCAGGGCAAGAUUAUUUAUUUAUGACUGGGAAAGUCACAGUUGUGUUAAAAAGCUGGAACAUAAGUGUGAAAUACCAAAAAUAUGGCUUAUUGCUUUAUUUCUUAGUCAUGUACAUAAAACCAAACGGAGAAGUCUAAAAGGGGUGCAGGGACCCCUCAAACUGAUAAUGCACAGUUUCUGUACAAUUGCACCAUUUAAUAAGCAGGAUUUUUUGAGAGAAACAUUUGUAUUCACCAAAAAAUAGCCUCUGUAUAAUAUGUACAUUUUUAAUUAUAUUUCUCUCAUAUCA